AUGUCAAGUUCAUCAUCAUCAUCCACACAUUCGCCUUCAACUUCACUUCCAACAACAACAACAACAACUUCUACAUCUUCAUCUUCAAAUACAAAUUCAAAUACAAAGAGUAAUAAUAACAAUAAUAAUAAUAAUAAUAAUAAUAAUAAUAGUUCACCAGAUAAUAAUACAGAUUUAUCAUUUAGAACAUGUUUAAAUCUAUUGUCCAGUAAUAUCGAUGAAGAAAGAUUCGUUGGUAUAAUAUUGGUGAAGAAUUUGAUUAAGCCGGACGAUGCAUACAAUCUUGGUCGUGUAUACGAUGCUCUGGGCAUUGAGUUUCUCUAUAGACUGUUGCAAACACCAACGUUACCCGGUCAAGAUUCUGUCUCCUAUCAUAAUGUUGCUGUCACCAUUCUCUCGACCUUUACAAUGUUAGACACAACAAGCAUACCAGACGAUCAAAUAGAAUCGACCAUCAUCUAUCGUAUCUCACAACAUCAACUACUACCUCAAAUCAUUGAAUUAACUCUUAAGAAUCUAACACAAUGUCAACAAGUUAAUUUAUCAUUAUAUCAAGAAUCAUCUAUGUUUUUAUAUUCAAUGUUGUCUUUUGAUAGUAGGUUAAAAGAUCUAUGUAGCAAUAGUGAUCGGAAAGAUAGUUUAGAACAAGUCAAUUAUUUAUUAAUGAAAGAGCAGAAUAUUAAAUAUUUGGGUGAAGUUCUGAUACGAUUGAACAAAGCUAGUCAGACAAUGUCUCAAUCCAAAAACAAUAUAUCACCAUCUACAACGACGACAACAACAACCAAUACACAACAAGUUAAAUCAUCACCAGAUUCUCAAAACAACAAUAAUAAUAAUAAUAAUAAUAAUAGUACAACUAAAACAAAUGAAAAAGUUAAAGAUAAAGAUGAAUCAUCUGAUAAAUUAAGUACUGAUGUGGAACCAUUUAAAAUGUUGCUGCACCUAAUUAAGCUACUGUGCUACUGUGUACAGGAUAGAAAUGAAUCGACAUCUUCUGCGAAACUAUUCAAAUGUUUCGAACCUCUGUUGGAACCACUCUCGAUUAUCUUUAAGCAGUUGCACAAUCCUCAUCGAUUCUCAAUGCUUCCCAUAUUCAUAUCGAUCUUCCAGUUUGAAGGAUUCCCUUCGCAUCCAAACAACCAGUCUUCAGCACUGUUGAAAUCGACAGAGAAUAUCAGAGAUGGCAUAGCUUCGAUCUUUCAAACAAAGAGUCAGAAGGAAUCGCACAGAGACAAAACGAUCAUACUAUUCUCUAUUUUGUUGGAACUACUCGGUAGCAAUUGGGUCAUGAAGACAACUGGUGGCAUGUCCGGCGACAAGCUGUUCUUACUUGCAAACCAGUAUGUAAGAACAGAGAUUCAGAUGAUUCUACAUACUCAACCAGUGACAGAGACUAUCUCCAGUGAAAAGACGAAUCUUCUCAUGGCAUGCUACUCGAUACUCGACAACGUAAUCGUAUUCCUUGUGAAUCAAUUCGAAUCCGACAACAAACCGAUACUGAACGCUGACUGUCUUCUACAACUGCGAAGAAUACUGAUCGAUACCAACACACUGAUGAUCGAAUAUCUCAAGGAUCUCGCCGAGGAGGCACCCGAGAAGGAACCGACCAACGUUGCCAUUCUCACUCUGAAGCAAGUCGGCCAAUUUCUCGCAGAGGAAGCAGAAGCCAUGUCAGAGAUUCUCUCUCACUCGCUGAAAUUGAUAUUCGACUACUUUUUGGCAUACAAGAACGACUAUGGUUUCUACUUGGCAUACUUACUUCCGGGCAUUGAGAAUUACAUUGAUGUCAGCUCAUUCACAAUGACCGAGAAAUCCAGUAACUUUUUCAAUGUCCAAGAAGGUCACUUGCUCCUCGUUCAAUUUCUGAACAACUAUCUUCCGGUGCUCGUUACGAUGGCAAUCGAACAGGAUCAGAAUAUCCUCAACUCGUACCCAGCCAUUGCUGCACUAAAGUCCUAUGGCUGCACUCCAGAGUUGGUAGGAAAUGCUUUUCUCCCACAUGCUUGUUCGAUCCUCUAUUUCUAUAUGAGUUACUGGAGCAACCCAAUUUCCACGGCUAACAAGGGAUCUUUCUUUACUUUGUUUUGUCAUAUCUCCGAUGCAAUCGAAAUGAUCUCUACCAAUAUCAAUCAGGCACUUGGUGAUGCUCAUAAAGACCGUCAGAUCUUCCUGAUUAAUCUCAUCCUUGUAUCUCUAUCGAUAUUAAGAUAUCUGGAUGAAGAAGAUUUUACAUCCACCCACAACUACGAAACUCUAAUCAAAGCCAUCGAUGAAUACAUCAACUUUUACCAAGGUUUAGAACUACCGCCAGCAGAUCAAACCGCUCUUUUACUCUGGGAUGAAAUUAAAACUCAUUGGUUAAAUUCACUUGAUUUAUUGUUACAAUGUUUAGAUAGAUUCCCAACUUUAAGAGAUAAACUUUCAACUAGCAGAUGGCCACCACCCGAUUUUAAUAUACAAACAAACUCAACAAAGAUGGAUAAUCAGACAGUGAUUGAGGUUAAUAGAUCAAUCAGUCAAAUUAUUCGUAAAUUAAUUAGUUUAAGACAAAAAGAAUAA